UCAUGAAUAUAUGCAGAAGAAGAUUGCGAUGAAAUGAGAUGAAACCAAACCAAACCAAACGCGGUCCUCACCUACAAUACUAAGCUACUUCCGUUUCCAUUUUCAACAGUGCAUCAGAAGCCACCCUCCAUCCAUCCUAAUCUUCUGCCUUUAGUUUAGGCAACAAAAGAAAAAAGAUGGAAUUUCUAUCUGUCUCCAAGGAAAAUACCGUCUGUUCUGUUCUGUUCUGUUUCCCGUUCUCUCUCUAGAAGUCGCUGAGAAAAACAGGUACGCAAAGAGGGAAGAAACAGAGAAACUCCACGCACACGCAGCCCUUCAAUGACAAGGAAGAGUCUCUUUAAUGGCCCAGCUGGACCAAUUUUGUUGUAGAAGAAAAACCCAAAAAAGAGAAAAGAAAGCGAAGAUGGAUGAGAAUUGAGAUGAGAUGAGAUGAGAUGUCUUCUAAUGUCCUCCAACCAAACCAUUACCAAGAACCCCCACAACCUCGCAUUAAAAAUUCCCCUUCCCUGAAUUGCCCCUUCUGCUGCAACCCCCAAAAAUCCCCAUCUUCACUUCUUUCUUUCUCAUCACUGUCUCUGAAAACAACCAUUUCUUUUCACCGAGUUAUGUGGGCCUUUUUGGGUUUUAGUUGGCUCGGUCAGAGCUUCACAGAGAAAACAGGAAACCAAGAACCCUCUCCCUCUCUUCCUAUCUACAUCUUUUUCUCUUUCUCUCUCUCUUUCUUCUUUGUCCUUGCCCACUUUCUCAAUUUCUUCCAUACCCACCUUUUCUUCUCUCCCUCUUUCCCCUUCCCUUCUCCCUCCCCGUCUGAUUUUUCGAUUUUCGCUUCUGGGUUUCUGGUUUUUCCUCCCCAUCGAUGAAGAAGAUCAAAGGGGUUGUCUCCCAGUACGCUGUGUAUGAGGAUCCUAAGGCCAGAUUCAAGCAUCACAGUCUCCUGCAAGAUUAUGACGAAUUGGAGAAGGAAACAGAAACUGUUAAGAGGAAAUUGCAGAUGAUGAAUCAAAAGAAGAUGACCCUGGUUGCAGAAGUCCGAUUCUUGAGGAAGAGAUAUGAGUACUUAAUGAAGAACCAGUCGUCAAACAACCGUUCGAAUGGAGAUCCCGUGCAGGUGCAGCAGAAGCAACUAAAUAAUCAAGUGACUAACAACAAUAAGAAGGGAAAGAAUGGUGCGAGAAGGAGACCUGCUUUGCAACCCCUUCCGUCGAUCUCUGAUAUAAACCAAAAGGAAAAAAUUGACCGAGGAAUCGAUAUCCCUCUGCAGAAGAAUCCUACUCCAACUCCUGUCUUUGACUUAAACCAGAAGGCAAAGACUACUAGGAAGAAAGCCAAUCUACAGAAUCCGGCACCAGUUUUGGACUUGAACCAGAAGGAAAGAAUGUACAGUGGGAGAGAUGCUGGCGAGAGAAACAUCACUCCAUUUUUUGACUUGAACCAAAUUUCGAUAGAGGAAGAGGAACUGCAGAUGCAUUACGAGCCACUGAGAGCCAAUGAGCUGAAGAAAAGCCUUCUUCGAGGUGGGAGCGACGAGCAGCAAAACAACGACAUCAAGAUUUCGGCGUGCAGGACGAUCGGAGAUGGCCCGAGUCGAGCAAGUAAAAGAAAGAUUUCAUGGCAAGACCAGGUGGCUUUAAGGGUUUGAGCUCCUCUUCAUUCUUAUCUCUAAUCUAGUGUCAUUUAGAACUACUAUUUGGGUGGUGGGCUUGAGGCCACAGUUAAGUGUAAUUCCUUCUUUGGUUCUGUAAUUUUCUAUGUAAAGGGAAAGUAGUAUAGUACAUGUUAAUACCAUUUAAAAGAAAAAAAAAACAAAAGAAACGAUGAUGAGAUAUUGACAAGAAUCAAAGAUGCAAUCCUUCAAACUAUUGCCCUGUUUUCCUAUAGUUUUGUAAAGCAUAGGCACUGAUUAGGAUUACGUUUAUGAAUGUGAUAUGAUAAUGGCUUAAAA